CAGCUGUGCCCAGGAGGAGCUCCUGAGCACCACACAGCAGGGCUGGGGCCAUGACCAUCCGGAGAUGGGGAGGAGAGAAGGAAGAAAGUUUAGAUGUUGUGUGGCACAAUAGCAGGCUGAGAGCUCACUGGAGGUGCAUUUCUCACUAUCCUUGACAAGGGAUGGGAAAAAGACUGGAGGCAGAAAUCUAAAAGGGGCUGUCAACAGCAGAGUGCAUCUACAUGCAAGGAAAUGCUGUGAGGUCCUGGUGCCCAGAAGUCCCAGAUGGCCAACAGCAGCUCCAUCAGCGAGUUCCUCCUCCUGGCGUUGGCAGACACGCGGCAGCUGCAGCUGCUGCACUUCUGGCUCUUGCUGGGCAUCUACCUGGCUGCCCUCCUGGGCAACGGCCUCAUCAGCACAGCCGUAGCCUGCGACCACCGCCUGCACACCCCCAUGUACUUCUUCCUCCUCAACCUCGCCCUCCUCGACCUGGGCUGCAUCUCCACCACUCUCCCCAAAGCCAUGGCCAAUGCCCUCUGGCACACCAGGCACAUCUCCUACGCAGGAUGUGCUGCCCAGGUCUUUCUUUUCGUCUUUCUGCUAUCGGCUGAGUAUUGCCUUCUCACCAUCAUGUCCUAUGACCGCUACGUUGCCAUCUGCAAGCCCCUGCACUACGGGACCCUGCUGGGCAGCAGAGCUUGUGCCACCAUGGCAGCAGCUGCCUGGGGCACGGGGGUCCUUAGUUCCAUGCUGCACACUGCCAACACAUUUUCCCUGCCUCUGUGCCAAGGAAAUGCUGUGGAUCAGUUCUUCUGUGAAAUCCCCCAGAUCCUCAAGCUCUCCUGCUCAGAAUCUUAUCUCAGGGAAGUUGGGUUACUCCUUUUUAGUGUCUGUUUAUCGUUUGGGUGUUUUGUCCUCAUUGUUGUGUCCUAUGUGCAGAUCUUCAGGGCCGUGCUGAGGAUGCCCUCCGAGCAGGGACGGCAUAAAGCCUUUUCCACGUGCCUCCCUCACCUGGCUGUGCUCUCCCUGUUUGUCAGCACGGCUUUUUUUGCCUACAUGAAGCCCCCCUCCAUCUCCUCUCCAUCCCUGGACCUGGUGGUGGCACUUCUGUACUCAGUGGUUCCUCCAACACUGAACCCCGUUAUCUACAGCAUGAGGAACCCGGACAUCAAACUUGCCCUCCGCAAAGUGUUGCAGUAUGCACUAUUGCAGCUUCAAUAA